UAAGGAGCUCCCAGUUGCCGACCCCCUUCCAGAAGGUUCCGGCGGUAACCCAUUCCCGUGCUCAAUCUCAACGGGUAUUUCGAACGUAGAGCCACUGCCCGAAGCCCCAAGGAGUGGUGCUGUCUCCACCUGUGUGCAGCAGGUAGCUGCACAGCUGGCAAGUGACGUCUCUUUGGAGAUGCCUGAAGAGGCGGUGGAAGACCCAUGCACUCAAGACUCCAUAAAAGAAAUGGAGAAGGAUGCCGCUGUCGGCCUAAUCAUGAUGGCUGGGAAUCCUGAGGUGUCCAAGCUGCGUGACCUGCAGAUGGCCAAAAUGCAGCAGGUCAUUCUUGAUCUGCAAGCAGACAAACAACGUCUCGAAAGGCAGGUUUGCCACCUGCAAGCCAGGCAGCUUAGUCUCAACACUAUCCAGGAGCCUAAGAACUGUUUAUAUUAUACUGGGCUGCCUGAGUUUUCAGUUUUUCAGAAUUUGUUUAAUUUUCUUGAGCUUCGGGCAGCCAAGAUGACCUACUGGUUAGGUAACAGAAAGACAGCUGGUGAGACCAAAGACCGCACACGGGAAAUGUCUCUGAUUGACGAGUUUUUUAUGGUCCUCGUGCGGUUAAGGACAGGGAUGGCAGGCAAGGAACUGGCCCGCAACUUCAACAUUUCUGAAGGGCAGGUAAGCAAGGUGUUUGUUACGUGGAUCAAGUUUCUCCAGCGACAGUUAAGGGUACUGUUACAGUUUCCGACAGUUGCUGAGAUUCAGCCCAACCUCCCUAAUGCCUUCCACAAGUUUUCUAACACGAGGGCUGUCCUUGAUGGAACUGAGGUACGUAUCCAGAAGCCGUCGUCGUUGCUUGCUCAGAGGCAGACCUUCUCGCCCUACAAACACUACAACACCUACAAAGCGGUUGUUGGAUGUACACCCGAAGGGUACAUUUGCCAUGUUUCACAACUGUGGGGUGGGACUGUGUCAGACAGAAUGAUUGUUGAGGAGAGUGGGCUCGUGGAUCAGUUGGAGUCGGGCGAUGCCAUCAUGGUAGACAAGGGAUUCAAAUUUAAUAGCCUACCACCUGGAGUGCAAGUGCACAUUCCGUGUUUCAGGCAGCCGAAUGAACCUCAGAUGCCGGAGGAAGAUGUGGCACACACCCGGCGGGUGGCCAGUGCACGUGUAGUUAUUGAACGCGCAAUCGGAAGGAUUAAGCAAUUUCACUUCCUUGAUCGACCCUUCCCCAUCUCCAUGAUAGAUAUUGCAGAUGAGGCGUUUCAGGUUUGUUGCUUUUUAAGCAACUUUCGUAUGCCACUCAGCCGUGCUGAGUAGCAGCAGGACAUAUGUGUCGG